AUGUUCUACAAACCAGGUGAAACAAGCCACGGGCUUCCCCACGACCCCUUCAAGGCAUGUGUGGUACCGCGGCCAAUAGGAUGGAUAUCGACCGUCUCGGCCAACGGCGAGCACAACCUGGCACCUUACAGCCAGUUCAACAACCUGAGCUUCGACCCGCCGCUGGUCAUGUUUAGCUCGAACCAGACGCUGCAAAACGCCCGCAAAGACACGGUCAACAACGUCGAGGUCACGGGUGUCUUUUGCUGGCAGCUGGCCACGCACGACCUGCGCGAGGCCGUCAACAUCACCUCCGAGGCCGUGCCCGCCGCCGUUGACGAAUUUGAGCGGGCCGGGCUGACCAAGGCGUGGUCCCAGUCUCUCCGGACCCCGGUGCCCAUGGUGGCGGCCAGCCCCGUCCGCUUCGAGUGCGAGUACGUCCAGACGGUCCGGCUGCCGGGAAAUCCGCCCAUGGGCACCGUCGAUGUCGUCAUUGGCCGGGUCGUGGGUGUGCAUAUUGACGAAAAGGUGCUCACGGACGGCAAGAUUGAUGUCCGCAAGACGCGGCCCAUUGCCAGACUUGGUUACUUCGAGUACGGUGUCAUAGACGAUACCUUUGAGAUGAUCAUUCCCGGUGAUCGAGCAGGACUUUAUGGGCUUGAGGGAAAUGCAGCCGCCAAUCGACAAGAGGACUCGAACCAGAAGCAAGCAGGAAAACAAGCAUAG